AAGGUACAGGAGAGAGGGCCAACGAAAUUUCUCUUCAAGUUUCUAAAUCAACAAAACCACUACUCCACCAAGCAGCUCUCUUGGGUCUUUGAGAGGUGUCUGAUAGUGUGUGUGUAUCACUGCUUCUCUUCUCUUUCUGUCUCUGUCUGGGUUUGAAAUAAGCUCUUCUUCUUCUCUACAACUCUAUAAUCUUCAUACCUUUUCAUGCUUUGUAGUAGUAUUUCUCUGAGAUACCUUUGUUGUUAGAAUUUUAAUGUCUACGCCCUUAGAACAUGAUUACAUAGGCUUGUCAGAGGUUUCUUCUUCCAUGGAAAACUCUGAGAAGAUCUCAUCUUCUUCCUCUACGGUUUCCACAGAGCUUGAUGACAAGAACAAUGUCCUUAACCUUAAGGAGACUGAACUUAGGCUUGGGUUGCCUGGUUCUGAAUCCCCUGAAAGGAAGUCUGGAGGUGGGGUUUCUAUUCUCAAGACUCUCGUUUCUGGGGCUAAAAGGGGUUUCUCCGACGCCAUUGAUGGCUCUGGGAAAUGGGUUUUCUCUGGGAACUCUGGAUCUGAGGUUGAUUUGAGUAAAGGUGCUGUCCUGUUCUCUCCUAGAGGUGGGAAUGGUGGGAAGUCUCUCUCUGUUUUGGAGAAUACAACUCAGCAGCCUGGUUCGACUGCUACUGUACUGAAAGACGUUGUCCCAGCGUCACCAAAGCCUGUGCAAGAGAAGAAAGCUCAAGUUUCUGCUGCAAAUGACCAUGGAAUGGCUCCUGCUGCUAAGGCGCAGGUGGUAGGAUGGCCACCAAUUCGAUCUUUCCGGAAGAACACCAUGGCUACCAGCCCAGCAAAGACGGGAGAUGAUGCUGAAGGAAAGUCUGGUUCAGGCUGUCUUUAUGUUAAGGUUAGCAUGGAUGGUGCUCCAUACUUGAGGAAGGUUGACCUCAAAACCUACAGCAACUAUACCGAACUUUCAACUGCCCUUGAGAAGAUGUUCAGCUGCUUUACCAUUGGUCAGUGUGGCUCUCAUGGAGUCCCAGGCCGAGAUGGGCUUAGCGAGAGCCGAUUGAUGGAUCUCAUCCAUGGUUCUGAAUAUGUGCUCACUUAUGAAGACAAGGAUGGUGAUUGGAUGCUCGUGGGCGACGUUCCAUGGGAGAUGUUUACUGGCUCAUGUAAGAGGCUGAGGAUCAUGAAGGGUUCAGAUGCAAUUGGUUUAGCUCCAAGAGCCAUGGAAAAGUGCAAAAACCGCAACUAGCGGUGCUGUUAUGACCUCAAAACAGAUGGAUAGGUUGGAAGUCUGAAAUGAAGCAAAAGGCAAUUGAAUCAUCUUUAAUCCGAGUAUAUAAUGUUGUUAAGGAAAGGGUUUUCAGAGUAUGGGGCAUGUGUUUCCAAAUCCUAUAUAAUUUGCUUUUAAGUAAUUUAUCCUUCUAAGGUUUGCUGUCUUUGAUGACUGGGAGAACUUCCUUGAAGCCAAAGAAGAAAAUAUACUCUUUUUAUAAACCAAAAAAUUCCAGGUUAUUCUAGUCUGUGCUUUUUAAUUUGUAUUUUGAUUGACAGCCCUUCAUUUCUAUGAAUGUAAAUGGCUUGUUUA